AAUAAAUAAAUAAAUAAUAAAUUUUUCCGAUAUUUUAAUAAAACAGAAAAGAAAAAAAAAAUUGUGUGAAAUGCGAAGUGAUUUCAUUGUAAAUGCAGAUACUAUCAAUAAAAUGAUACAAUUUGGAACUGUUAAAUAUGGAAUUGUUAAACAACUUAAAGAUCGAACUAGAUCUGAACGUGAAAUUUCAAGCGAUCAAGAAGAGAAUGGUAGAUCAAAAUCCAAUUCACCAAUAAUUGAAUGCAGUAAAUCAGCAAGUCCAAUUCAAUUAGAAUCCCACCAUACGUCAAAAAUAACAGAAACAGUAACUUCUGAUAUAGAAGAAACUUUAGAAACUAAUAAAAUUUCAACACCAUUAAAUAAUAAUAAUCAUAAUAAAAAUAUUAAUAGUAAUAACAAUAGUUGUAACAAUCAUAGUAUAGAAAGCGAUCAUAAUCAUAACAAUAAUAUAGAAAUUACAUUAAGUCCAAAUAAAAAUUCAAUUGCAACAAAUAGUCCGAUUCAAAUAAACACCGCCGAAAUGUUAGACACAUUAGCUACAUCAUAUAGAGAAUUAGAUAAAAUUAAUAAUAAAACACCAUCACCAGCUUUGGCUGAUCAAAAUAAAGUAGCAGAUCAUCCACCAACUUCAUUGUUGGCGGGUGAUGAUGAUGAUGAAACCAUUAUGACCACUUCACCUAUAGUUGAUAUUGAAAAUAAUAAUACGGCGGAAAUCAGUGUAGAAAAAUCACUGAAAAUUAGUAAGUCGGAUUUGGUCAACGAAAGUGAUAAUUUCAUUGAAAAUGAUAAAAAAUUAUCUGUAAAUAAUAAUAACAAUAAUAGUAAUAUUGAAAAUAAUAAUGGUAAUAAUGAUAAUAGUAAUGAUAACGAAAGUAAUGAUAAUGGUAGUAGCAUUAGUAGUAAAAAUAUAAAUUUAACUAAGACUAGUAAUUUUAAUGAAAAUAGCAAUAAUUUUGAGAAAAGCUUAGAACAUAAUAAGACAAAUGGCGAUGAAACUCAAUCAGAAGACAAAAUAUUAGAAAAUAAGAAGUCGUUAUUAAAGGAGGAAAGUAAAAUUACAAUAAAUAAUCUAGAAAAUAUAGAGUCGGUGGACAAAGUAAUUGAUUCACAAAAUAAAGAUAUAGUAAUCAAAAAAGCAUUAGCUAAAAAUGACGCAAGUUCUCCACCUAAGUUAGGGGACAACUUUUCAAUAGAACGGAGAAAUUCUACAACAAAUUCGACAGAUGGAAAACAAAAUCAACAAAGCACAAGCAGUUGUACAAGUCCAUUACCUGGACAUUUGCCAUUGCCACAAGAUUUUCCACAAUUUCCUGUAGGAGGGCCAGUAACUCUUGAAGCAAUACAAAAUAUGCAAAUGGCGAUAGCGCAAUUUGCUGCAAAAACUUUUGCAAAUGGUGGUAAUGAAGCUACUAAUGAAGCUGCAAUGAAACAGUUAGCAUUUUUGCAGCAAACGCUGUUUAACCUACAACAGCAGCAACUAUUUCAAAUUCAGUUAAUUCAGCAAUUGCAAUCCCAGUUGGCUCUCAAUCAGAUGAAUAAGAGUCAAAAUGCCAGUGAACAAGAUCAAGAGGAAGAUCGUGAAAUGGAUGAUGAAGAUCGAGACAAUAAUGAUGAUUUACCAAACAGAAGAUCUCAAAAUCGUGGAGAAACCAAUAGUUUAAACAAAAAGACUUUAAAUGAUGAUCACAUUUUGGAAAAUGGUGAACAAUUUAAGUCUAAAGAUAAAGAUGGAGAGGAAGACAUAAUAAAUAUGGAGGACGAUGAUGAUGACGAUGAUGACAAUGAUGAUAGUAUGAUAGAAUUUAAGAAAUUUAGACCAGAUGAACCUCUUGAGUAUGGAGAAAUUCGAUUACCGUAUAGACUGGACGAUAAGUAUUUUUCAAAAGACAAUGUACCGCUGCCAUAUGGCGGUCAGGAUGAGAAUCAACCAUUGCCACCGUACGGUUCUGAUUUAGCUUCAGCAAUAAUAACAAAUCAUGAUAAUCCUCCAUCUCUGAACGAACCAAAUUCUUUGGAGAUGUUACAAAAGCGCGCACAAGAAGUACUUGAUUCGGCGUCACAGGGAAUUUUAUCUGGAAAUUUAGCUGAUGAAUUUGCUUUUGGCAAAGACAAAAAUGGUGAUAAAAAUCGAAAUGAACCAUUUUUUAAACAUAGAUGUCGAUAUUGUGGUAAAGUUUUUGGUUCUGAUUCCGCUUUACAAAUUCAUAUCAGAUCUCAUACUGGCGAGCGUCCGUUUAAAUGUAAUGUGUGUGGCAGCCGUUUUACCACUAAGGGGAAUUUAAAAGUUCAUUUUCAGAGGCAUGCUCAAAAGUUUCCUCAUGUUCCAAUGAAUUCAACACCUAUUCCAGAGCAUUUAGAUAAAUUUCAUCCGCCACUGUUAGAUCAAAUGUCACCAGAUUCAUCUCCAACUCAUCAACCAUCACAAUUGCCAACACAUAUUCCAAAUGUUCCUGUCUCAUUACCUUUGUCAUUCCCACCUGGAGCUGGUUUCCCAGGUUUACCUUCCAUAUAUAGGCCACCAUUGGAUAUUUUAAAGUCACUAGGACCAUAUGCGAAUCCAUUCUUUAGCGGAUUACCACCAAUGCCACCACCUCCAGGGAUUCAACCACCACCACAGCAACAACCGCAGCAGCCUACCCCUCAAACAACAACUCCAGUUUCACAAUCAAAUACAGCUACGCCUUCAAUAUCUCCACCAGAAAAGUCACCUGUUGCUACACCUAUUUUAAGAAAGGAUAGUGAAGAAAGUCCAAAAGAUUUAAGAAAGUCAGCAUCACCUCCACCGACAGACAAGUCUAAAGAAGAAACACCCCCCGAGCCCAUUAAAGAUACUAGUAUAGAUGAACCUGUCAGUUUAAAAAUUAAAGAAGAGAAAAAAGAUGUGGAUGAAGAAGACAUUAUACCGGUACCUACCCCAAAAAGACCGGCUAGUGCAUCGUCACCCAUUAUAUCGCGAGAGCCGCAAAUACCACCACCACAGAUUGUUCCAACAAUGCCACAGCGAUCCCCAACUCAACCUUUGCUUGCAAUGCCACCACAUAAUGCGGCAGAUUUACCGAUGGGAUCCGCUCAUUUGCCUCCGUCACUCAUGACACGAGAGGAACUUUUCGAACACCAUCACCGGAUGCAAAUGAGUUUUCGGGGAUCACCUGAUCGCGGAUCUCCAAUAAGAAGUCCGGCCGGUAUUCCUGGCUUACAACGUCCACCGUUUUUGGGUCCCAUGAAACACGAGAUGGCUCUUCUACCACGUCCGCAUAGUAAUGAUAAUUCAUGGGAAAAUUUUAUCGAGGUCUCCAACACCUCAGAAACUAUGAAGCUUAAAGAAUUAAUGAAAAAUAAAAAACUAACAGAUCCAAAUCAAUGCGUUGUUUGCGAUAGGGUAUUGUCCUGUAAAAGCGCUCUACAAAUGCAUUACAGAACUCAUACAGGCGAGCGUCCAUUUAAAUGUCGUAUUUGUGGACGAGCUUUUACUACUAAAGGAAAUCUAAAAACUCACAUGGCUGUGCACAAAAUCCGACCACCUAUGCGAAAUUUCCAUCAGUGUCCUGUAUGCCACAAGAAAUAUUCAAAUGCUUUAGUCUUACAACAGCAUAUUCGUUUACACACUGGUGAGCCCACAGAUUUAACACCAGAACAAAUUUCUGCUGCUGAAAUUAGAGAUUUCCCACCAUCUAUGAUGCCAGGUGCACUUUUUAAUCCAUUUAAUCCGUUUAAUUUUGGAAUGGGACCACAAAAUGGACACAUGGGCUCAGAAUCUUCUUUAGGUGAACUAGACGACAAUAUGGACUGCAGUGAUGAUUUCGAUGAUGACAUAGACGAUGACCAAAUUUCAAAUGGGGAUGACUCAGAUCGCCCAAAAUCAACAGAAGAAAUCAAAGGAAUGCUUUUUGAGCAGAAAUUAAAAAUUGGAAAUAGCCUAGCAAAUAAAUCUGAAGCAAGUAAUGGUUCUGCUCCAGGAAGUCCAAUAAGUGUUUUAAAUAAAUCUUCACCAGUUCCAUCAGAUUUGUCUCAAGGUGCUUUAGAUUUAACACCACGUUCAACUUCAAUUACAAACAAUACACAACCAUUGUUAACAAAACCCUUACCAUCACCAAUCGCGUCUCAACCUCCAAGUUCUAAAAUCGAUAGACCAGAGUCAUCUGAGAGUAUUCAAAGGCCACCCUCACGACCGCAAUCACAUCAUGAUUUAUUUAGAGAACAACAACAUCAACGGGAUCUUCAAUUACAGCAUUUUCAUCACUUUCAUCAACAACACCAACAACUUCAACAGCAACAACUGCAACUCCAACAACAACAGCAUCCACAACAUCAACAGCAGCCACAAUCACAUCCACAACCUUUACCACAAAAUCCACAACAACAAAUGCAUCCUUUAUCAAGUCAACCACCACCGCUACCACCGCCACCACACCUUACAAGUCCCGUUAAUAAUAUAAUGCCACAAAGACCACCAUUUGGAAUGUUUCCAAAUCUACCGUUAUUUCCACCAGGAAUGAGUCAAACAUCAAAUAUGUGUAGCGCAAUGAAUACUAUUGCUCAGUCAGUAAUGCCUGCAGCUCCAUUUAAUCCAUUAGCUUUAUCAGGUGUCAGAGGUAGCACUACCUGCGGCAUUUGUUUUAAAACAUUCCCUUGUCAUUCAGCUCUUGAAAUUCAUUAUAGAAGUCAUACGAAAGAGAGGCCAUUUAAAUGUUCCAUAUGUGAUCGAGGAUUUACAACUAAAGGUAAUCUCAAGCAGCAUAUGUUGACGCAUAAAAUACGUGAUAUGGAGCAAGAUGCUUUUAGAAAUCGUGCUGUUAAAUUCGAGUAUAUGAGGGGCUUAAAAGAUGAUUACGAAUAAUUUUAAUCUAGUCAUUUAAAAUUUUUUAAUUUUAUUAAUUUAAAACAGAAAAAAAAGACAAAAACUAUAUACAUUAUGAAUUUUUACAAUAAUAUUAAUGACAAUUUUAAAUUAAUUUAAAAAAAAAAAAAUUUUUUGAAUAAUUUGCUAGCUUUAAAAAUGAGCUACACGGAAGAAAAUUUAAUAUUGUUUUCUGGGUUUAGCAUAUAUCGUUCAUAAAUGUGCAUUUUAACAGUUCAUACCUUAAAUCCCUUUCAAUAAUGUAACCGUAUCCAAAGAUACAUUUUUUUUUUUAUAUGUAAAAGAAUAAAAUUAAGUGUGAUUUUAAACUGUUAUAAUAUUGAUUAAUAUUAUAAUUAAAAUAUAUAUAUAUAUGUAUAAAAAAUUAAAUAAACCAACUUAAAAUAUAAAAGAAUAAUAUUAAGGGAUAAGUAUAAAAUUCAAUAAUAAGAAUAAUUCAAUAAAAUCAAAUCAAAUUCAUCAGAAAGGAGACUGAAUUUAAAGAAUUAAUAAAGGAAAUCAAAUGUUUUUUUUUUGUUUUCACAUUAAGAAAAAAUAAUUAAAUGUUAAUAAUAAUAACAGUAAUAAUAUAAUAAAAAAUAUUAUAAU